CCCUGCAGCUUCCUCGCCCCCCUUUAACCCCCCCCCCAAUUUCCCCCCGCCCCCUCCCAGUCCAGAGAGACACACGUUAUCAGGGAGGCAGCCGAAGGGCCAGUCAUCUCCUCACAUCGUUUCUGCAUCUACCACAAUCCCCUUUAUCCGUCCUGUAUGGUGGAUAUUAUUUUCAGCUCUUCUUUCUUGGGUGAUAUGGGGGAUCAUUCCAAAAAGAAGCCAGGAUUCGCGAUGUGUGUAGGAUGUGGAAGUCAGAUCCAUGACCAGUACAUACUGAGAGUCUCUCCCGACCUGGAGUGGCAUGCAGCCUGCCUGAAGUGUGCAGAGUGCAGCCAGUACCUGGAUGAGACCUGCACUUGUUUCGUCCGGGAUGGCAAAACCUAUUGCAAAAGAGAUUAUGUAAGGCUGUUUGGAAUAAAAUGCGCAAAAUGCAACCUGGGAUUCAGCAGCAGCGAUUUGGUGAUGAGGGCCCGGGAUAACGUUUACCACAUCGAGUGUUUUCGGUGCUCGGUGUGCAGCAGGCAGCUGCUGCCGGGAGACGAGUUCUCCCUGCGGGAAGAGGAGCUGCUGUGCCGGGCGGACCACAGCCUGCUGCUGGAGAGGAGCUCCGCAGGAAGCCCUAUCAGCCCCGGACACAUCCACUCCAACAGACCGCUGCACCUGGCAGCAGACCCGGUCACGGUGCGGCAGGCCCCGCAUCGGAACCACGUCCACAAGCAGUCGGAGAAGACGACGCGGGUCAGGACGGUGCUGAACGAGAAGCAGCUCCACACGUUGCGGACCUGCUACAACGCCAACCCGAGGCCGGACGCGCUGAUGAAGGAGCAGCUGGUGGAGAUGACCGGCCUGAGCCCCAGGGUGAUCCGGGUCUGGUUCCAGAACAAGCGCUGCAAAGACAAGAAGAAGUCCAUCCUGAUGAAGCAGCUCCAGCAGCAGCACCACAGUGAUAAGACUGUAAGCAUCUUCAAUCUGCAGGGCCUCACAGGGACGCCUCUUGUAGCCGGGAGUCCUAUUCGACAUGAGAGUGCUGUGCAGGGAAACCCAGUGGAGGUUCAGACCUACCAGCCUCCAUGGAAAGCCCUGAGUGAGUUCGCCCUGCAGAGUGACCUGGACCAACCAGCCUUCCAACAACUGGUGUCUUUCUCUGAAUCGGGCUCUCUCGGAAACUCCUCCGGCAGCGACGUGACUUCUUUGUCCUCUCAGUUACCGGACACCCCCAACAGUAUGGUACCCAGCCCGGUGGAGACGUGAAACGGGGCCCCUCAGACCUGUCGGCCCCCCCUCCUGCAAGGACAAUUGCAGCAUGAUCCCGGUCCCCUGCAUGUGACCAGCUCAUCACAUCGCCCAAACUACAGAGGAGAGUGUUUUUUUAAUUUCAUGACACGGAGGAGAUGGAACCAAGAAAGCACCGAUUGACUCCGAGUUUUUUUGUGGAGCUUUCAUUGACAAAAACUAAGCAGAACAAUUGUUGCAUGACUUGAUACGGAGAAAGAAGAUGUACAGAAGACCUCCCGAUGGAUAUACUACAGCAAACCUUCCCUCAUAAACAAAUUGGAAACAUUCCCAUGUCGAAACAAAUGGACAUUCUGCGGACAUUCAUUGUGAUCAUAUUGUGUCUUGUUUCUUCAACAUGAGAAUUUUUUGAUACAUUUAUUGCGUUGUCGAGUCCCGUUGACUCUGUGUCUUAAGGUCAGAGCAUGAUAAACUGCAAAUUAUUCGUGUUGUAAAAUAUUUUAUCUUAAGGGCAGGUUGUUUGAGCUUCUCGAACAAAAAGUAAAUUAUUGUUAUAUUAUUUAUUGUUAGGAAAGCGAUUCGUAAAGGGAUUAUUAACUGAUAAAGAAUUAAAAAAAACAAGCUGAAUACAUAACGUGUCCUGAUGACCAAUGUUUGUACUUUGUCGCUUUUGCAUUUGCAAUCCAAUAUUUAUAAUAAUUUAAAACAAUUUGUUUGAAAAUGCAGCUCUGGAAUUAACAACAACUGUCCAUCUUGCAUUGCAAAAAUUAGACGAGAAACGAAUUGACUGCACAUGUUAUUUGCCAGUGAUCUUAACAUGGCGAUAAAGUGAAAUUCACCGUCCAGAUCCAAAGCGGCAACAUAUCGUUACUCCUCAUGACAUCGAGUCAUUUCUGAUUUGGGAAACAUGCAACAAAUACAAAGCUUCUAUACAGCCUUGGCCGAUUUGAGGAAUAUAGAAGCUUUAAAAAAAAAAAAAAAAAGUAAUUCCAGUUGCACUGAAUAUGUUGUUUGUCCUGUUCAACCUAUACCAAGUUGGCCGGCCUGGAUUGAAGCCCGGAGGCUCUGUUGUCUUAUCAACCCCUCCAUCUGCGGUGUGUCCCCCUUCGGUUAUGGAGCAGGAUUCGGCCAGUGGUCAUUUACUAUCUCGGGGGCAAAAACCUGCUGUAAAUUGUGCUCAGUCCAGUUACUCUGGUUGAGUCACAAGCUGGUCUAGACAGCGCGGAGGGAUCGGCGACCUCUUAUCUAGUCCUGGCAUCACCUGCAAGCGAUACACUGACUGAAGCCACAACAAACUAACUAAACACCCCCCUCCAUAGACACACACACACACACACACACACACACACACACAUAUAUACACUCCCUCCCCAAAGCCCCUCUCUUAUGUGAGGGGAGCAGAGUGCAGCUCGUAAAGGGUCACUUCUCCUCCUCGGUUUAUAUAUUUUCCUUCAGUGAAUUGCGUUAUUGCGCACGGGUCAGCCGAGAUGACAGCUCAGGCUAAAUGAACCGACCUCCUUUACACUGUGCGCAGGACAAAAACAAAGCUGCCAUGUGUGCUCUGAAAAUCUGUGGCUAAACUUGUUUUUCAGACAUAGGCUAUAGCCUACGUACGUUUUUUUUAUUUAUUUAUUUUUUUUAAGUGAGCACAGCUCUAUUAUAGUUCACGUUAUUUAUUUAUUCAACCUACUUUGAAAUUAUUCAUCAUGCCAGGAGUGACUUUUAUUUGUCUUCGAUGCAGUUUGGUUAAACAACAAGGAAAAACAUGUCAUUAAUGGCAAGAAAAUAAGUCUAUUUAAUUCUAAAAAAAAGAAAUAAUUGGAAACGAAUGGAAAUGCUGAAAAAUUGACUCAAUAAUACACCAAAUAAUUGCCUGUAUUUUGAUAUGAAAUGUUUUUUCUCUGUGAAAAAAAAAAAUCUUUUUUUUAGUACACUGACAGUGUCUUAAUCGGAAGUUUGACUGAAAGAAGACAGAUCAUAGAUUUGUAAUUGAACUAUUUCAAAUAAGAUAAGUUAACAAUGCGAGCAGAUUAAGAUAACAGAGAUAAGUGAAGAAUAACAAUGGCGUUUACAGACAAGAAUGCAAGCCUAUUAACUGUCCUCCAGCAGAAAAUCAUUGUGGGGCCAUAUAUGUUUCCAAAACAGCUAACUUCCAGGAUACUGCGCAUCCCCUAAAGGCUCACACGAGAUAGGCCAUAUUUAAAGGAAAGAUCAAAUUAAAAUGAACUAACAUGCCAUUCUAGCUGUAUGAAAAAAAAAAAGAAGAUAAUCCAAACCAAUCCGUUUUGUGCAACAAACAUGUAAAAGUUUUUAAAUAAAAUAGAUGUUUUUAAAGCUUUUAUUUGAAGAUGAAAUCUAGCAGGGAGUAACAACACCAAGAUAACAUAUAAGGAAAUAAUAAUAAAAAAAAAAAAAAAGUCAAAAAAUGCUACUGAAAAAUAAUUUAAAUGCACAAUUACAUUCACCAAAACAGCACGCGACACAUAAAAAAAAUGUACCCCAGCUGAAGUUUAUUCUCCAUUUUAUGUUUUUCAGCUCGUAUUAGUCAGUGUUGCUCAUACAGACCAGAGAUCAUGUCCUCUGACACCCAUAAAACUCCGCCUCAGUUACCUGUAGGCCAGAAGAUCUUCUAUCUAUGAAUGGGCGUCUCCCCUCAGUGCGUUAAAUAAGAACCAAAAUAAACACCGGUGAUCCUUGAACACAUACACACAGCUCCAGUAUCUACACCAUUCACUGGAUCACUCUUUCAAUAGGCCUAAUAGACUUGGUUUUAACGGCUCAUGCCGGUCCUUAGUGCGCCACUGACUUGCACGAAGAUACCCUAUUUUGAUUUUCUAAUUUAUUUCUCACGUUUUUGACCGAAACACUGCGACAUUGUAGCUCCCCCCACAUCAUUUAGGAUGAACUCCGGACUGCAGUGUCUGUAUGUGUCAAGUUGCUUCGAAGCAACUAGACGCUGUCAGAGGGAAUGACACCGUAUCAUUAAUGAUUAAGAGGACGAGUCCAUUUAAAGGUGUGAUGUAAUUCUCUAAUUGGUGGAGGGGUGGACGUAAUUAGAUCACCCGGCGUGCUCAGCGCCGCCCACGACCACGAGUCACUAAACGGUCACCGACUGACAGACACAUGGAGCAUUCAAAUGUUCUUUAAUCCGUGUAGACGAGUUUGUUUUGUUAGUGUGUGUGUGUGUGUGUGUGUAGGGAAAACAUACAAAUAAAACUCUAAGAAUAGACAUUGGUACAUUUCA